CAGAGUCUACAAUUUGGAUGAAAGAAUCACUGGAUAUAUUAAAUGCUUCAGAAGGGACAAUAGAAUGUUGGUCACUACAAAAGGAUACUGGAGAUAACAGAGAAAUUGGAAAUGGAAGUGAUGAAUUUUCAUUCCAACAAUCAAGCAGCACUAGUGAACAACAUUUUCAUCAGAAAAAUAGGUUCAAGAGUUAUCAAGAUACACUUCAACAAGAUGAGCAAGAACAUUUUGUCAUCUUGGAUGCAAACACUCUUGUGCAUGCACCACAAUACACUGCUCAGAACUCCAACAACCAGGACUAUCAGGAAUCAUUUGAGUGUUCUCAGUGUAAUUCAAAGUUUCAAUCACAUUUGAGUUUAUCUGAGCAUCAUUGUUCUGAUGGUGGGAAAGUUUCAAAAGAAAUGCAGUCCUUAUGGUACCGUUGUCACCAGUGCAAUAGAUCCUAUGCAUUGAAAGGAAGCCUUGCAAGACACUUAAAAUUUGAAUGUGGUAGAGAUCCACAGUUUGAAUGCUCAUUUUGUCACCGAAGAACAAAACGAAAAAGCUCACUUGUGCAGCAUAUGUUUGUUAAACAUGGGGUUCGUUUUUCAAUUGAUAAAUCUUUGGAAAAUCUGUAA